AUAAUUUGGGUCGUUGUUAAAGUUGUAAAUAUAUUCUGUUAAACCUGUUCUUCAAACGCUACAAUCACCAUUCACACUUCAAAUCCUGCAAGUAACCGAUCCAUCCGUAUGUAUGUACCAGAUGUUAUCACUUUUCAUGAAGAAACCCUUACUCACCCUCACAUUCUUCACAAUCUUCCUGUUGUUCGUCGCGAUCUCUCUAUCUCCUUCUUCACCGUUCUCGCAGAUUCCUCUCAAUUACGUCAUUGUAGAGUCCGAUAUAUGGAGUGCGAAAAGGAUUCUGGAGUGGAGACCUUGCAAAUGGUGGCUUCAAGGACAUUUAACCGUGCAGACAAUUGCAUUUGGUUUUUUGUGUUGAAAUGCUGCAGCUCUACCGGCUGAAAGCAAUGGUUACAUUCGAGUGGAUUGUUACGGUGGCCUUAAUCAGAUGAGGAGGGAUUUAUGUGAUGGUGUUGGUGUUGCGCGGUUACUAAAUGCAACUCUUGUUUUGCCAAAGUUUGAAGUGGCUGCGUAUUGGAACGAAUCAAGUGGAUUUGCAGAUGUAUUUGAUGUGGACUACUUCAUAGAACAGCUGAAAGGAUUUAUAAAUGUUGUAAAAGAACUACCUGCAGAAAUAGCAUCGAAAGAACCUGUUAGAGUAGAUUGCAGUAAGCGAAAAGGCCAGUUUGAUUAUGUUGAGAGUGUUCUUCCUUCUUUAUUGGAGCAUCGUUAUAUCUCUAUUACACCUGCAAUGAGCCAAAGACGUGACAGGUUUCCACUCUAUGCAAAGGCUGCCCUUUGCCAAGCAUGUUACAGUGCCUUACGCUUAACAGCCGUUUUGGAGAAAAAAAGCAAUGAGCUUCUAGAAGUCAUACCCAAACCGUUUCUAUCUCUUCACCUUCGGUUUGAGCCCGAUAUGGUAGCGUACAGUCAAUGUGAGUACAGUGGGCUUUCACCGGCCUCUAUGAAGGCUAUAGAUGCUGCACGUGGAGACCGAAAACCAUUUACUGGUGAAACAGCACGUGUUUGGAGAAGCCGAGGAAAAUGUCCUCUUACACCGAAUGAAACCGCUUUCAUUCUUCAAUCGCUUUUAAUCCCGAAAAACACAAAUAUCUAUUUAGCAGCUGGAGACGGGAUUAUGGAGUUAGAAGGGUUAACGUCUGUUUACACAAAUGUUGUUACAAAAUCGUCUCUUUUGAGUGGUGAAGAUUUUAAGAAUAUGCAUGGGAACACAAAAGCUGCAUUGGAUUAUUACGUGUCGAUUAAUAGUGACGCGUAUGUGGCGACUUACUUCGGUAAUAUGGAUAAGAUGGUGGCUGCAAUGAGAGCUUAUAAGGGGUUGUAUAAAACUUUAUUUUUAAACAGGAAGGAUUUUGCAGAUUUUACUAGUCAGGGAUUAAAAGGGAAAGAGUUGAAGGAAGCACUUAAAAAGGCUCAUGGAGAUGAUUUUGUAAUGGGUAGAGGCUCUGCCUUACCAGAUUGCUUUUGUGACUUCAAAUUGUGAUGUUUUUUUUAUUCCACUUUUGGUUAUCUGUUUUUUGGGCAUGUGAAUUCGUUCUUUUAAGGUGGUAACAUUUUGCAAAUGAAGCACGUUUUACCCUUUGGGCCAUUUUGCAA